AUGGGCUACGGGGAGAAAUUUUUAUGUGAACUUUCAUUCCACAAAACUCGCCAUUUAAGGAAUCCAUACAAUGAGAACUUACCAGUGAAGAUAAGUAGAGAUUGUCAGGAGCUGGAGCCCUCUAUUGGAGAGCAACUGGCGUCGUUGCUUUAUCUUGAACCUGAUGGUGAACUUAUGGCCGUUUCAGUUGCAGCCGAGUCUAAACGGGAAGAAGAGAAAGCAAAGGGAGUGAAUCCAGAUAAUGGAGGAGAAAAUCCAGAUAUUGUUCCAUUUGAAGACAAUGAAGAAGAGGAAGAGGAAGAAAGUGAUGAAGAGGAGGAGAGUUUUGGUCAUGCUGUAGGGCCAGCAGGUCAAGGCAGGGGUAGGGGCAGAGGUAUGAUGUGGCCGCCUCAUAUGCCUCUUGGGCGUGGAGCCCGACCCAUGCCAGGAAUGCAGGGCUUUAACCCUGUAAUGAUGGGUGAUGGGUUAUCCUAUGGGCCUGUGGCACCUGAUGGUUUUGGUAUGCCAGAUCUUUUUGGUGUGGGACCCCGUGCUUUUGCUCCAUACGGUCCCAGGUUCUCUGGUGAUUUUGGAGGCCCCCCAGCAGCCAUGAUGUUUCGUGGGAGACCCUCUCAACCUGGGAUGUUUCCAGGUGGUGGCUUUGGGAUGAUGAUGAAUCCUGGACGUGGUCCCUUCAUGGGGGGGAUGGGGGUUGCAGGUGCAAAUCCGCCAAGAGGGGGUAGGCCAGUUAAUAUGCCUCCAAUGUUUCCACCACCUCCACCCCUACCUCAGAACACAAACCGUGUUGCCAAAAGAGAUCAAAGAACUACUGAUAGAAAUGAUAGAUAUGGUUCAGGACCAGAGCAGGGCAAGAGUCAAGACAUGCUCAGUCAAAGUGGUGCACCAGAUGAUGACAUGCAGUAUCAGCAAGGAUACAAAGCGAACCAGGAUGAGCAUCCUGCUGUGAACAACUUCCGGAAUGAUGACAGUGAAAGUGAGGAUGAAGCACCGAGGAGGUCAAGACAUGGCGAGGGGAAAAAGAAAAGGCGAGGCCCAGAAGAUGUCAACGCAAAUUAUAAUCAUUAG